AUAAGAGAAAGGGUCCAAAGGAAUCAAUUGGCCGAAUAUACUUACAACAAUGUUGAAGAUUUGAUGCAAAUUAAUUGAACUUGAUAUCUUUAAUUGACCUUAAAAGCAAAGAAAAUAAUUACUAAGCCACACGUGAUGCAAUAAUCUAAUUAUACAUUCACAUAUACAUAACUAAAUUAAAGCUAAUAAAAAUUCUAAAAAAGCCUUUUUCUUAGAUUGAAGAGUUUUUUUUAGCUCCGGGAAACUCAGAGCAUGGGAAAAAACCAGCCAUUAUGAAUUAGGUUCGCCGAUCGUAUGUCGGCGGGAUCCCUGACGCUGGAUGAGGCCUCUCCCCCUGUUGAUUCGGUUGUGGGACAACGUCGUCCACCAUCACCUACAUCAUCUCCAAACCCUAAAGGGGAAAAGGAGGCGCAGCAAAGCAAGAGGAGAGUGAGACCGACGGUCGCAGCCUUCCCGGAGGUUGUUGUGUCAGACGAGGUACGGGAGGAUGCGGACACUGCCACAAGAGAUGGAGCAAAGCCGAACAUCCCCCGACAACGGGCGCUGCUCGCCGGCUUUUUGGGGAUAUGGCACAAAUAGAUAUAUGAUACGUAGCUGAUUCCGACUCAGAGGAUGUGGCUGCUGCAAUCCUAGAGGAUUCGAGGGACGCAAGUCGGGACGACGAUGAGGACCCUUUGUGCCCGCCGAUCCAUUUUUCGGCAGCGAAGGAGCGCCAAUAUUGCCGCGAGUGGAGAUCUGCAUUGGGUUGUCAAGGUCUUAGGGAACACCUCGUUGUAUACAGUAAUAUCCAAGAGACUGAAUAGUAUGUGGGCUCGAGCUGGCACAAUCCAAGUGUCUUCAGCAAAAAAUGGCUAUUACAUUGUGCAAUUCACAAGUGGGAUUGAUAUGAGAGAGCGUUGACAGGAGGUCCAUGGAUGAUGGGAGAACACUACCUAACGGUUCAUACUUGGGACACAAUUUUCAAUCUGUACAACCAUGAGAUCUCGUCAACGCUGGUCUAGGCGAGGAUGUUGGACUUCCCUGUGCAUUAUUUCCACGUGGAUGCAUUCAUGAAGAUAGGGAAACCUAUGCGGGUGAACCAAGCCACUCGAACGGGGACUCACUUGGAUUAUGCUCGAGUUUGUGUUCAAGUGGACCUAACACCACCGUUGGUGUCAAAAUUCAAGAUUAAUGGGAUCAAGUAUUUCAUCCAAUAUGAGGGGCUUGAGAAGAUUUGCCUCAAGUGUGGGAAAUAUUUUGAUCGAACAUCAUGUAUAUGCAAUGUCCCACAGGAGGCGAUGGAAACUGAUCAUACCCCGCCAGUGGAGAACCCACAACUAAAAGAGACGGAAGCUCCAUAUGGAGAAUGGAUGAUCACCAAACGGAAGCCGCGAUCGAACAAAAGAGAAACCCAAGUUCAAUCAAGCAAAAGAGGAGCUAGCUCGUCCCAAAAGACUAAUACCCAACAGUUGGGAUCUCAUUUUCCCAUGCUGCAUGGCAAGGAGGAAAUAAGAAAUACAUCCCAUGCAUGCACGACAACCAAGGAGGGGGUAAGGGGAAGACUACGCGGGAGGGAUCCCCAAGAUUGGGGAAAAGCAGGUUCAGUCAAGUGAAUGGGAAGCUGCGAGAUCACAACCACUGAAGCAAACAACAGUGAUAGCUACCGCGCCCACCUGCAGUGAGCAACAAGAAAAAAGUGUGAGUACACAGCUGUUGGAGACUCAAGUGACGCAACAACCCAUGAGAUCCCCAGCCGAGGCUAUGCCCGAGGCUUCCCCUAUGGAUACAGGAUUAGAGCACGAGGUUCCCACGAAUCCUACCCAACUGGAUGCGUAUAACCAAACACUUCAGUCAGUAGCACAGGGACGACCCCCCAAGCCAUGAUCAUGAUCCAGCCCUGCUGCGCGAUGAACGUGGACAAGUGACGACGCGAUCAACAGUAUUGGGGAGUUUGGGAGAUGCCUCCAUCCCCAACAGUGAACCCGGGGAGUUUUCUUACCUUACCCAAAUCUCUUUUAAAUUAAUUUCAAAAUAUUUGUUUGGAAUUGUAGGGGUGCGGGUGGUAGAUGCUUUGUUUGUGUUUUUAAUGAGUAUAAGAGAAGGCAUAGGCCUCAUAUAGUAGUCAUCGUUGAACCACGCACUAGUGGGGAUACAAUUACGGAUGUGAUUGAGCAAUUAGGUUACGAUAAGAAGUUAUUUGUUGAUGCUACGGGGUUUUUGAGGGUAAUUUGGGUUCUCUGGAACUCAGCUGAUCUCACUAUCACGGAAGUAAAACUUCACCGCCAGUUUAUUCAUGUGUAGGUCGAACAUCCGUGGGCUCGUGCUAACAAGUGGCUCCUCACGAUAGUUUAUGUGAACCCAGCUCCCAUGCAACAUCGGGAGCUAUGGGAGGAAAUCAUACAACUUUUCGGUCGACCAGGAUAAGCCAUGGCCGCUAGCAAGAGACUUCAACUCCAUUCUGCGUUCGACAGAGAAGUUGGGUGGUGCAACUUUCGACGCGGGUCGCAUUCGCGAUUUUCAAGAUUGUGUUCAUGAUUCCCGGUUGCUUGACUUGGGUAUUAGAGUAUGGGUAGUACGAGUAGUAUUAUGUUAUACUACGAGUACUGUUAUGUAAUUGAGAAGUGUUAUAUUCCUAAUCAGAGUCGUAGAAAUUAGAUAAUUACCGUAUUAGUGUUAGGGUUAUUAUAGAAGUCUGUCUCUGUACUCUAUAUAAACCUUUGUGGUACUCUAUAUAAACCUUUGUGGUAUUAGUAAUAAUACCAAGAGUUUCCACCAUAUUUUCGAUUUCCCAACAUGGUAUCAGAGCCUGGUUAAAAACCUAAUCGAAAAACCCUAAGCUUUCUUUUCUUCUCCGUCCGCCACCCACCAUGAGUCCCAAAUCGCUCGGAAUUUAGUUCUUUCCGUUCCCUGCUUGUUCCUUUGUUGCUCCAAUUAUCAUUAGUACUUCUCUUCCUUUGUUAGCUUUAUUGGGAAAUAAAACAAAACCCAUGGUUUUGUCGUGUCAACUUUUGUUGCAGCCAAAAUGCCAUAUCCGCCUCGAGUUGUAGAGACCAUGUGUAAUUGCUUCCGCGUUCCAUUGUCCUGGAGUUUGGUUGAUUUAUCAAGUUCCCAUUGUUCUUGUUGGUUGAAUGAAAGAACUCGAUGUUGCUUCUGUUUUAUGUUCGGCUUGGGAAGAAAGGAGUCGCCAAUAAUCCAACAACUUCCUCCUUUUGGUGUUUCCGUCAGUAAGUCUCUCCCGAUAUGCCUUCGUGACUUGUCCUUCAAGAAAUUUGGAAUCUUGUUAUCGUUCUAUUUUAUGGUGUUGUUCGGAACACCUUGGUUAAAGAUGUUGAACGGAACAUCUCUGUUUGAUAAAUGUUGUCCGGAGCAUGUUUGGUAUGUUUCUCCGUUUCGAUGAUGCUAUUCAGAGCAUCCUGAUCGCCAUGUUGCUGUUAGGAGCAUGUGGUUAUGUUUUCGUUUCGAUGAUGCUAUUCGGAGCAUCUUUGGUUUGUUUUCAUGAUAGUGAAUUUCUGAAGCAUCUAUGCAGGAAAAGUAUGAGAAGGCAGUUUUGGCAAGAGAUCUCGUUACAUCCAGUUCAUCACUAUCAACGUCUUCGUGAGGAGUGGUUUUCUUCGACAUCGACGUGGAGUUUGUGAUUUGUAGUAGUUAUCAAUGUCUUUGUUAUAGUUUUUUAUUUUCUUUUUGUGUUAGUUUUGUCUCAAUUUUCAAAUUGUUGGUAAGUAAUUACCAUCAAUUUUGGGAGGGUAUUAGAGAAUGGGUAGUACGAGUAGUAUUAUGUUAUACUACGAGUACUGUUAUGUAAUUGAACAGUGUUAUAUUCAUAAUCAGAGUCGUAGAAAUUAGAUAAUUAUCGUAUUAGUCAAUGUUGUCACAACCGAACGGAGCAUGACCUGGUAACGUGAAUGGCUCGAACUUUAGCGGUCCAACCAGUAUUAGACCGUUAAAAAAUUGUUAGAGAACUGGUAUCUUAUAAACGAUAAUAUCAUAA